AUGUUUGCCUUGACUGCCAUCAAAGGUGUUGGUCGUAGAUACUCUAAUAUUGUAUGCAAAAAAGCAGACGUAGAUUUGCGCAAACGUGCCGGUGAAUUAACUAACGAAGAAUUAGAAAGGAUCGUAACGAUCAUUCAAAAUCCAACACAAUUUAAGAUCCCAAACUGGUUUUUAAAUAGACAAAAAGAUAUAGUUGAUGGAAAAUAUUCUCAAAUUCUUGCCAAUUCAUUAGAAUCGAAAUUACGUGAAGAUUUAGAAAGAUUGAAAAAGAUUAGAGCUCAUCGUGGUUUAAGACAUUAUUGGGGUCUUAGGGUUCGAGGUCAACAUACUAAAACUACUGGUAGACGUGGUAGAACUGUUGGUGUAUCCAAAAAGAAAGGUUAG